AUGGAAUCCCCAUUGCCAGAACCGAGCACUCCCGCUUCGUCGGCUCUGAAACCUCCUCGCAGCGAAAUGCACCCCAGCAAAUAUCAUUCGAGCACUGGUGCCCCCUCAUCAGCUCUUAGGCUGGGUUUCUCUGAUAUUCCAACUGAACCAUCUUCCCACGGCGGUCAGGGUCAGGAGGCAACCCCGAGCAGAGCUGGUCGUGUUCCCUCGUCCAACUUCACCUUCCGGAUUGCCCGUGAGUCGGCUGACACGGAGUUGAGCGGCGAAGCACAGCGUAUGCUGAACGAGAUACGUGACCAGGCUGCCAAAAUUAAGGCUGAGCUUGUUGCGCAGAGAGAGGCAGAGGGUGGCGGCAAUGUUGUUGACAGAACCUUUGCGAAGCCGAAGGGUAAGGUCGGCCGCUAUAGCGCUGCUCACAUGGCUGAGUUUAAGAAGAUGGAUUCUAUUCAAAAUCAUGCGUCUGCAUGGAGAGCCCAAGAAGGUCGUUUCACGCCCGUUAAGUCGCUAAAGCGCACACCGUCGAAAGCCAAUCUGGAUGGUACGCCGACUUCCCAGAGAAGCAUUGGCAUUCAGCCAUCUCCUGCCAAGGCCGGUCCUGAUGAGAUGGUGAAUGCACGACCUAGGACAAACCUCAAACGAAAGUCAUCUGCCGCCAACCUGGACAAUGACAGUCAUGUAGCCCCGAAGAGGCACAACGGGAACGCAACUCCCGGCAAGUUUUCGACAGCUGCUCGAGAGCCAACUGUAUCUACCGCAAAGAGGAUGAGGCAGCGCCACGAAGAUGACGCAGCUACAACACGCCCUAAGCCUGCCGAGCCUUCACGACCAAAGGCCAGUUCGAUAUUCUCUCGACUUGCCACUCCCAAGAAGGCCGCUGUGGCUCCCUCACCAGUUGCUGCCAAGAGUGCUCAAAAACCAACAGUCUCUUUGGUUCAGCCACCACCCAAGUCGAGUUUUGACACAUUGUCCAAGUCUGGCUCUGUCAGCAGCCUAACCUCUAGUGCGUCCAAAGCGUCGGACUUGAGGCGCCGAAUCAUCAGUCCCCGAAGCUUCAGCAAAGUCAAGUCUAUUCUUCGAGGAAGCAAGAACACUCCAGAGCAAGGAAUGAGUGCUAUUCCCCACCCUCAAAUCUCACAGACGCCUGGUCCGCCCAGAGUAAACAAGGAGCUCCCUCCAGUCCCAUUGACAACACCGCGUCGGAAACUGACGAAACGCGUAACGUUCACGCCAGAAGUCGUAACCGCUGUGAAUGCGCAAAAUUCUCCUUCGCCACAGAGACCUAGCGGCUUCAAACUUCGACCAGCCUUGAAGACUAUUGAGACGCAUUACCCAGCUCUGGACGAAGUUUUGACUGAUUCAACUGCCAGCCAUUCUUUGUACCCUGAUCUCUCGCCCCUCAAGCAUCUCGUGGACUUUCAAUCACGCCGAGCCAUAUCCGGGUCCCCGUCGAUGCCCGGCACCUUCACCUUCCGCAGCGACCACACUAUCAAGUUUGGCGACGCUGCAUCCACUGGCUUUGGUGCCUCUCCUGGUCAAUCUAGUGUUCGGCAUGUUAGUGGCCCAGCCGUUUCUAGCAAUAUGCCCGGCAGUUUCCCAGUUCCGCCUUCCCCAAGUUCUCACCCUAACAAGGAAAACAAGGCACCGUCUCCCAUUAAAUUGCUAUCAGGGACGGCUCAUGGCAUGCAAAACAAGAAACGUCAUCGAGCCACCGCCGAUGAAGAUGACUUCGAUGCUGAGCGAGCCGCCAAGAAACGGAGGAAUGAGAAUGUCCCAGAGGGCCAGGCUCUGCUGGCACCUAGACUGAUCAAGGCCGCAUCUGCUAAUGCUACCAAGACCAAUCGGCUGACAAAGACUCCUGGUAAGACUGCAACCAGCCGAACUCCCGGGGCCACACCGGUUCGCGCUCCCGUAUCAGCAACCCCGACAAAGAAAGCAGGUGGCCUCAGCAUAAGCCGCCUCAAUAUGUUGGCCCGACCAAAGAGCCGUGUUUAG